AUGCCACGCAAUACCGCGACCACCUUGGUCUUAACACAUCCGGAGACCAUCUAUGAUUCUGCCAGAUCCCAGCCAGAUCCAGAUACACACUCCCUGCAACACCGCAACAAUGCUCAGAACACGCCAGCCGCCAGCGCAACCCCAGGUCCUUUCACCCCAGACCAAUUCGACGAUCAGACGCAGCGCCUACCAAUUGCCCGUCUCAUAGCAGCGUACCUCUGUCUGUGUCUCUGCUAUUUCAUCUCGUAUCUAGACAUGACCUCCGUGACCACGGCGUUGCCAACAAUAUCAAGCUCCUUCCACACCGGGACAGCCAUAACUUGGGUCGGCGCCGCGUAUCUCCUCGGGCAGACCUCUUUCCAGCCCCUAUACGGGCGGAUAUCCGAUAUCUUUGGUCGGCGACCUAUUCUCCUAUGCUCCGUCGGGUGUAUCGCCCUUGGCGGUGCGCUAUCGGGUUUUGCUAGGACGCCGACCUGGCUCUUCGUCACGCGCGCUAUAAGCGGUGUCGGCAGCGGUGGCAUAUCCUCUACUGUGGCGAUUAUAGUGAGCGAUCUCGUCAGUCUGAAAGCGAGAGGUAAGUACCAGGGUAUGAUAAGCCUUGCGAUCGGUGCGGGUGCUACUGCCGGACCAUUCGUCGCCGCGGGCUUGAUACAAGUGGGUGCUGACGGUUGGCGGUGGACGUUCUUUGUUCCUGCGAUUGCGGCCGGCGCGUGUUUUGUUCUGCUGCUGUUUGUGUUGCCGCCGAAUCAGGUCUCUGGCGAUUGGAGCCAGAAACUCCGGAAGAUCGAUUGGCUUGGAGUCAUCACCUCUGUUGCGGGCAUCGUGCUAACAGUGCUGGCUGUCAACUCCGGCGGGAUCCUCUGGGCUUGGACCAGCUCACAAGUCCUUUCAACUCUAAUCAUAGGCGGUGUUCUAUUCUUUGUAUUCAUCGCUAUCGAAGCUUCUCAAGCCAAGAUACCCAUCAUGCCGUUGCGACUGUUUACGAGUCGCUCACGAUGUCUGUUGCUUCUGAUUGGUUUCCUGAGCGAUUUCUCUUGGCAGGGGACGCAAUAUUUCGUGCCCCUUUACUUCCAGACACUACGGGGCUAUACCCCUUUACAGAGUGCAACUUUGAUUCUGCCAUUUGUUGCCGCGCAAGGGAUAGCCGGUGCAACUUCUGGCCCCGUGAUGUCUAAACUUGCCAGAUACAGCCAAGUUCUUCGCACAGGUUUGCUAUUCUGGACCCUCGGUGCGGGCUUGAAGCUCUUAUUCAACGAGAACACACCUACACACACAAAUGUGAUCGUACUCGUUCUCGAAGGGAUCGGAGUGGGCUGGGUGCAUCAGCCAGGCCUCGUAGCUUUACAGGCCAACUCCGGGACAGAAGACCGUGCGGUGGCAACAGGGACCCGAAAUGUCCUUCGCUCCCUAGGCGGCGUAGUAGGUGUUGCGAUCUCGUCGGCGGCACAAUACGCCGUCACGGGCGCGGCUUUGCGCCGAACCGUACCGGAAUGGCUAUCUGAGAGUGUUCUUCUGGGCACACGGCAUGUUGGUGACAAAGGUACGAUGGUGUAUGCAGCAGAUAUCCAAAAUGCGCGGCUGGCAGGUUUUCGAACAAUCUUCGCGAUCCAGGUCCCGCUAGUUGGAUUAUGUCUUCUCGUUAGCUUCUUUAUAGAUGAUGUAGUCCUAAAAGGCGACGCGGAAAGGCACAAGCCGAAGAAGAACAGGCGUAGUUGGUUGCUUAGGACCUGAGUAGCACUAGGCCCAAAGGUACCAUCAAUAUCACUGGAGCAAGAGCUGGCGACAAAGCUUAAGUUGAAGCUAUUCAUGAUGCAAUAAUCUAGUAUAGCAAUCAAGGUAGAAUUAGGCGAUACAAGCACUUGUCCAGCAUAGUUAUUAUGACUGUAGAUUCGUGUAACAUGGCCUGAAUUCACGAG